AUGCACUUACGCUUCUCGAUUGCGCAUGUUCUUGAGCUUUUCUGGUGCGCCGCGCUUGCAACGCCACUGGACUCCUUUAGUGAGAGAGGCGUUGCCUGGGACUGGAGUUCUACUACCAACAAAGUCCGGGGUGUCAACAUAGGUGGCUGGCUUGUACUUGAACCCUUUAUCACGCCUUCCAUCUUCUGGCAGUAUUCCAGCAACGACUGGACCGUCGGCGACGAGUGGUCUCUCUGCAAGAAGAUUGGCAAGACCGAAUGUCGAAAGGCGCUCAGGGCCCACUGGGAUAGCUUUGUUAAGCUCGAAGAUUUUCGCAAGAUCAAGAAGGCUGGCUUCAACGCAGUCCGCAUUCCCGUCGGUUACUGGUCGUUUCUCGAGAUCGAGUGGGAAUACGUGUCCGGUGCAGCACCCUACCUGGACAAGGCGAUUGGCUGGGCUCGGAAAACAGGACUGAAGGUCAUCAUUGACUUGCACGGCGCACCAAAGUCCCAGAACGGUUUCGAUCACAGCGGACAUGCGAUAGAGUGGCCUCGGUGGGGAGACGGUGACAGCAUACCAAAUACGCACAAGGUGCUCAAGAUCCUUGAAGAGAAGUACGCCAAAAAGUCGAUGAACGAUGUCGUGAUCGCUAUUCAGCCUCUCAACGAACCAUUCCUGGUCAAGCUUGAUGACAACAUGGUAAAACAAUUUUACCGCGACAGUUAUUACAAUUUACGAUUGAUCAGCAACGAUAUGCCAAUGAUGAUUCAUGAUGGUUUCGAGCGGCCAUCGUGGAUGAACAACUUCCUCACGCCUGACGACAACAACGCCCACAACGUCAUCAUCGAUCAUCACGAGUACCAAAUCUUCAACUCCUUCGAGGUUGCCAAAUCAACCGAUGAGCACCGACAAGCCGUCUGUCGAGCAGCCGAUUAUUGGGCCGACUCCGACAAGUGGAUCGUCGUGGGAGAGUGGUCCGGCGCCAUGACCGACUGUGCCCCUCAUCUCAACGGCUUCAAAGAAGGCAAUCGCCAUGAAGGGACAUAUAAAGACGACUGGUGGGUGGGGUCGUGCUGGGGGCCAAUCCUGAGCGGAGAGGUGCAGCACUGGGAACAAUGGUGGAAAGACGAUGUGCGCAAGUACAUCGAGACACAGCUCGACGUUUUCGAGAACAAGACAAAAGGAUGGAUCUUCUGGAACUUCAAGACCGAAGGAAGUGCCGGCGAUUGGGAUCUGUUCCAGCUGUUAGACGGAGGUGUUUUCCCGCAGCCAAUUACGGAUCGCAAGUUUGGCAAGUAUUGCCUGAACUUUUGAAGAGGAGUAGCAGGAGCUA